CGGCAGGGCAAAAGAAAAAAGAAAUUAAAGAUACAAAAAAAAAAACAAAAAAAAAAGGGAAUACCAAGGACCCCCAGCAAGUGCCCCACGGUGUCACGCGCACAUCUGCAAAAACUUGUACAACAUAACAACCAUCUUGGUUCCUACUUUCCCCGGCCCUCUUCCCCAGUUCACCCUUUCCAGUCUCCAGGUUUUAUGCCUUGGCGCGGGGUUGCCAACCAAUAAAGCUUGAAAUGGGAUAUUCAUCUCCAGCAGUCAGGCCUGGGCGAAUGGGUAACGCCGAGCUGAUUGUGGAUGGUUGUUUUCCUUGGCGAAGAUGACCUCUUUUCUUUUGGCGGUACGGUACUGCAUGUCGGUCUGUUUUUUUUCUUUCUUCUUUUUGCCCCUCGUUUGUCUAGGCGACUUAAGAUCAAGGGUUUUUGAGGAGGGGUGCAAUGGUCUAUAAAACUUGUGGCUGCUGACCGUUUGAAGAUCAGAGGAAAUGGGACGAGGCUUUCCCUUCUUCCCUCUUCGUCUGGUAUCUUGUUUUGACAGCCGCCCUUGACCGGUACGUCGACCAGCAUCCCCCUUGUGAAUUAUUUUUUGUUAUUGAGCAUCUCUCAAAGCUUUACUUCUUACUGCCCCUCGUAUUUUGCCUAUUUAUUGGAAAAUCCUCUUCCAUCAUGGGUUGGUCUCACGCCGCGGGGACGAAUGAUCCCCCCGAGGUCCGCAACUGGACCAUUCACUGGAUCGCUCUGGUGGCAUCAUGUGCAGCUCUUGCAAUGGGCUACGACAGCGCCGUCAUCGGUGGCACCAUGGCCCUGGACUCGUUCAAACGAGACUUUGGCUUCAACGACAUCCCGGCCUCGCUCCGUGACGCCCACAGCGCCAACAUCGUCAGCACCUUCCACGUCGGCUGCUUCUUCGGCGCACUCUUCACCUUCCCCGUUGCCGAGAGGAUCGGCCGACGCUGGGCCAUCUUGAUCGCCUGCCUCAUCUUCAUGGUCGGCGGCAGCAUGAUGGCCGCCGCCGACGGCAAGGUCGCCAUGAUCAUCGCCGGCCGCGCCAUCGGCGGUCUGGGCAUCGGGUCCGCGUCGCUCGUCGUCCCCGUCUACAUCGCAGAGACCUCCCCUCCCAGCGUCCGCGGCAGGCUGGUCGGCAUCUUCGAGGUCGCGUCGCAGUCCGGCGGCAUGCUGGGCUUCUGGAUCAACUACGCCACCGACCGCACCAUCGACGUCGGGAACAAGGCCCAGUGGGUUGUGCCUCUGGCCCUGCAGCUCCUCCCCAUCAUCAUCCUCGCCGCCGGCAUCCUCUUCUGCCCCGAGUCCCCGCGCUGGCUUGCCCGUGGCGACAAGUUCGAAGAGGCAGAAAAGGUCCUGGUCUACCUGCGCAACCUGCCCGCAGAGCACGAGUACAUCCGGACCGAGAUGGCGGCCAUCAGGGCACAGGUCGAGGAGAGGAGCACGAUGCGCAUGAGCAAGAAGCAGCAGUUCGCCAAGGUGUUCCAAAAGGGCACUCGGAACCGCAUCGCCAUCGGCGCCGCCCUCAUGUUCCUGCAGAGCUUCACUGGCGUCAACAUCAUGACCUACUACUCGCCCCGCAUCUUUGAGACGUUGGGCAUCACAGGUACCGCCACCAAGCUGUUCAGCACGGGCAUCUAUGGCGUGGCCAAGAUGCUGGGCAUGCUCGCCUUCACCUUCUUCGUCGUCGAGGGCAUCGGCCGCAGGAAGGGUCUGAUCUGGGGCGCCUUCCUGGGCUGCCUGCCGCUCUUUUACGUCGGCGGCUACGUCAUGAAGGCCGACCCGCUCAGCCGUGCCGCCCAGGGCGACCUGGUUCAGGAUGGGUGGGGAUACUUUGCCAUGGUCUGCAUCUACCUCAACGCCUUCAUUAUCUGUGCUACCUGGCAGGGGAUCACCUGGACGUAUGCAGCAGAGAUCUUCCCGCUCGACAUCCGCAUGCUAUGUGUUGCCUUGACCACUGCCACCACCUGGCUCGGUUCAUUUGUUGUCGCUCGCGCCACCCCCUACAUGAUCACCGACCUUGGCUACGGUACCUACUUCAUGUUUGGUGGGUUUGUGGUUGCCAUGGGUAUUUGGGCGUUUUUCUUUGUGCCCGAGACGAGAGGCAUCUUCAUCGAGCAGAUGGACGCCCUCUUCGCCAAGCCCAUGCACAAGGCGGUUUGGGACCAGCUCCGCGGCAAGCCUGUCGUGGUCGACUCGGCAGAUUCCAUCGCCGCCAAGAAGGAUGGAGAUGCCGAGUCCAUCGACGAGAAGAAGGAGAAGGAUGUUGUCCAUGUUGCAUAGCACUGUUAGUCUCGGAGUCGAGAACAAAGAAUUAUGAUCUUGUUUUUUUUUCGGUGUGCUUUAGCUGGUCCAUGAACAUCGUCUCUCGCUUUUGAGGAUAUAUAUACCUUGUGUGAUCUUGGGUCGGUAUAGGCACUUUGUGAAGAUCUACCUCCAAAUACA